AUGGCUGAGCCAACCGCCGACAAUGGCAGCAUCGUUGGCCGUGUCAGGAGCGCAUCAAUCUCCAUCAUGAACGCGAACCCUCAAUUGGGCAUGUGGCAGGCCGCCGGCACAGCAAUCGCGCAGGCGCCUAACCUCACAGAGCUUCGCGACACCGACUCCGGCGGCGACAACAUCGGGUUCAAUGCGCAGGGCCACUCGGCGCGAUACGCCGUCCAGGAGCCGCAAGGUGAAUUGGCGCUCGUUAGACCCAUUGUAGGCCGGCGCACUUCGACGUUCUCCAACGACGGGCAGCCCGGGUUUCGCAAUGUGUUCAACGACAAGUCCGAGAACAUCAGGGAGGCCGAGGAGCCGUCCGUCUUGGCCGGAACAUCGGAUGAGGCUCCGCCCGACACGGAUGAAAGCCUACUACCCAGCGAAGGGCAGCAAUUCCGGCGACGGCAGAGCCUGCAUCAGAAGCACAUGGCGAAGGACAAGGCACCGUGGAAAACGACGAUCACCAACGGCUUGAAGGCAUUUUGGAAGUUUUUCCUCACGCCGUCAGGAUUUGUCAUCACCAUUUACUGCUUGAACAUUGUCGCUAUGCUCUUCUUCCUGCUCCUCAAAGCCGCCCCGGCAAUGAACUAUCCCACCGCCGACGACGACAACUCACCCCGGAAAAAGUGGCUCGAAAUCUGCAGUCAGAUCCUCAAUGCGCUUUUUUGCGUAACAGGCUUCGGCCUUGCGCCCUGGCGAUUUCGUGAUUUGUAUCUUUACGUCCGGGCCGUCAAUUUCAAAAACCAGACGGCCAUGCUGAAGCUCGCUGCGCAGAACAAGAGCUGGUUCAGGCCGCCCGCGUGGGCUAUCGAAGCCGAGAAGGUACCCGAAACGUUUACAGGCCAGGUUGCACCGCCGACGCCACUUUGGAAGCUUGGAUUUACCAUCUGGAUGAUGGUCCUGAACACGUUCUUGCAGGCUGUACUGUGUUAUUUCAUGUGGGGAUACAACCGGCUUGACCGACCAUCAUGGGCAACUGGAACCUUCAUUGGCUUGGGAUGCGGUGUCGCCAUGCUUGCUGGUCUGAUGUCAUGGUGGGAGGGGCGGAAGGUCAAAAAGAUCGAAGGCCCAGAGGUGAAAAUUGUUCAAGAGGUAUAG